AUGGAGACUGAAUUACAAAAGAGGUUUUUGCAUUCUGAUGCUUAUACUAUCAUAACUGAACUGAAAACGCUGUUUCAGGAUCAGGCAAGGAUAAAGCGAUAUGAGACUCACAAGGCUAUACUUGAUAGCAAGCUUGUGAAGGGAAAACCAGUGAGUCCUCAUGUAAUUAGCCUAACUGGGCUUUUCAAGAGGAUGGAAAAUCUGGGGACCCCAUAUGACCAAGAGUUGGCCACUGAUAUUAAGAAGGAAGUUCUAAAUGUCAACAAUGGGAAGGGGUUUAAGAAGGUGACUAAGAAAAAGAACAAUGACCAAGAGAAAGGCAAGCAAGUUGCCAAACCCAAUGGUGGUGAGAAGCCAAAGAUGGUUGAUGAUCAUGAUUGUUUUUACUACAAGGCCAAGGGACACUAG